AAAAUCUAUUGUUUUCAUCUUAUCUGUUUGAGCCAUAGUUGUUGUAGUUAGCCCUGGCUGUGUGGUUCAUUGGAGGUCGCGCCCCAUCACGAGCGUUUUUGCUAUUUUUUUUUCUUUUGAUUCUUUUAAUUUUUAUUUUGUGUUUAUUAAGUAUUAUUUUUAUCUUCCGUGUGUGAUGAAGUGGGAGUAGUAGUGAAAAACCAAGCAAAACCCCCAAUCCCCAAUGCUCAGAUUCUUUGCCCAUUCAUCUCUUUUCUUUGGUUUUUGAGCAUCUCCACAAAAAUUCAUAGAUACUCUCACACCCAGUGCAAAGAAAAAAUUAGCCCCAAAAUUAGAGAACUUGGAAGAAGAUCAGAAAAUUAACAACCAUGAAAAGAGGCCACCACCAUCUCCGUCCCAACCCAGACCCAUUCACUGUCGGUAACUCAUCCCUCUGCGGUGGUUCUACAACCGGAAAAGCCAAGAUGUGGGAGGAAGAAGCCGUCCAACAAGACUGUGGAAUGGAUGAGCUUUUGGCAGCUCUGGGUUACAAGGUUAAAACUUCAGACAUGGCAGAAGUGGCUCAAAAGCUUGAGCAGUUAGAGGAAGUUAUGUGUAAUGUUCAAGAUGAUGGGAUUUCACAACUUGCUUCUGAAACUGUUCAUUAUAAUCCUUCCGAUCUAUCCACUUGGCUCGAAAGCAUGCUCUCUGAGCUUAACCCUCCCCCCACUUUUGAUCCUGUUGUCGCUGCUGGAACGGCGGCGGCUGCGGCGGCUACGUUAGAUGAUUCAUUUUUUGGCCCGGCUGAGUCUUCAACUUUAACGACCUUGGAUUUCGACAACAACAAUAAAAAACAUAAGCAACAGAUACUUGAGGAAGCUUCAUGUUCAGAUUAUGAUCUCAAAGCAAUUCCUGGUAAGGCUAUUUAUUCUCAAAAAACCCAAACCCACGAUUCCUCGUCUUCCACCCAAAACAACGUUAAACCCGAAAAACGUUUGAAAUCCACAUCCGGGUCGCACUCGGAUAUAUUCCCUCCUACUGCUGUUGCUUCAUAUGGAAUUCCCGCUGAGUCAACUCGUCCUGUACUCCUGGUUGACUCACAAGAAAAUGGAAUACGGCUAGUCCAUGCUUUGAUGGCAUGUGCAGAAGCUGUCCAGCAAAACAAUCUUAAUCUCGCCGAAGCUUUGGUGAAACAAAUUGGGUUCUUAGCGAUUUCUCAAGCUGGGGCUAUGAGAAAAGUGGCUACUUAUUUUGCUGAAGCAUUAGCUCGAAGGAUUUAUAGAAUAUAUCCUCAAAACCCACUCGACCAUUCUUUAUCGGAUGUUCUUCACAUGCACUUUUACGAGACUUGCCCUUAUCUGAAGUUCGCUCAUUUCACAGCUAACCAAGCUAUUCUCGAAGCCUUUGAAGGUAAAAAAAGUGUUCAUGUUAUCGAUUUCUCGAUGAACCAAGGCAUGCAAUGGCCUGCUUUGAUGCAAGCUUUAGCGUUAAGAGCCGGUGGUCCACCGGCUUUUAGGUUAACUGGUAUCGGUCCUCCCAGCCACGACAACUUAGAUCACUUGCAAGAAGUUGGUUGGAAGUUGGCUCAGUUAGCUGAAACGAUUCACGUAGAGUUUGAAUACCGUGGGUUCGUGGCUAAUUCUUUGGCUGAUUUGGACGCUUCAAUGCUUGAUCUUAGACCGAGCGAAGUUGAAGCCGUGGCCGUUAACUCAGUUUUCGAGUUACAUAAAUUGUUGGCUCGGCCAGUUGCGAUUGACAAAGUUUUAUCUAUGGUGAAACAAAUGAAGCCUGAAAUUGUUACUAUUGUUGAGCAAGAAGCGAACCAUAAUGGUCCGAUUUUCUUAGAGCGAUUCACUGAGUCGUUACAUUAUUACUCGACGCUUUUUGACUCGUUGGAGGGGUCGGUGAGCAGUCAGGAUAAGGUUAUGUCGGAGGUGUAUUUGGGGAAACAGAUUUGUAAUGUGGUGGCUUGUGAAGGAAUGGGCCGACUUGAGAGGCACGAGACGUUGACUCAAUGGAGAAAUCGGUUGGGUUCCGCCGGGUUUGCACCGGUUCAUUUAGGUUCUAAUGCGUUCAAGCAGGCUAGUACGUUGUUGGCCUUGUUUGCUGGCGGAGAAGGGUAUGGGGUGGAGGAGAAUAAUGGGUGUUUGAUGCUGGGUUGGCAUAAUCGUCCGCUCAUUGCAACUUCUGCUUGGAAACUCGCCAACAAAACAACUCCUGUUGCCCACUGAGUUUUUGACUCGAUGAAUUAAAGAAUCAAAUUCAGUUUGGUCCCUACCAAACCCUAUCUCGGUUGCUGCCAAUGUUCGAUUCUGAGCUGGGUGCCUCUGCCUUGUGAGGUUGAGACCCACCACUCCAAUCCUGUCUCCCCCACUCCCCCUGUUUUAUUUUUCUAAUUAUUCAGUCUAUUUUUUUAUUUUAAUUUUCAGCUACCCUCUGGAUAGGUACUUUUCUUUUUUGGUUGGAAAUCUUUUGUAUUUUCAGGGUGAAUCAGAAAAUGGUCAAUGUAUUAAUUUUAUAUAUAUAGCUAUGGUGGAAAUAAAAAAAAAAGAAAAAAAUUUUCUCUAGUGUCUGCAGAAUUGACAUGGAUGUGUUAUGAUUCCAGAGGGAAAAAAAAAUGCAGAAGGGUGGUUGAAAACCCAACAGUUUCUACACUAAGCUAAGAUUCCACUGUAAGCUCAUAUUCCACUGUCAAUAUACCAGCUUGCUGGCUGCAAUAAGGCAGCACUGAAAACUUACCAAAUCUGUGAUACUGCUUUUGCCCAUUGAAUAAAAACAUUGGCAACAACAAUAAAAGCAUUAGCAGACCUAUUGAAGAUGAAACUAUUACAGUACAGGUAACAUUAUUUUAUAGAAUCCCUCUUUUUUUUCUGUCAGGAAAGCACAAUCAUAAGAACGUGAAAAAGGCUCACUUAUUUCAACUUUUUUAAUUAUGGUAUUAACUUUCUUGAAAAGGUUUUCACUUUCUCAUGUUCUUUUUUUUUUCCUAGAACAUCUUGGCCUCCUCACUGCUCAUCUCUAUUC